AUGGGCAAGAUCAAAUGUACCUACGAGGACUGCUUCAGGCACUUUGACGACCAGCAGUCCAUGAUUCGCCACAAGGUCAAAGAUCCAGCUCACUCUUACUGCAAGAUCUGCGAUGUUGACUGUGCCGACGACAUGUACUUCUUCAUCCACCAAUUGGCAAGCCCCAACCACAUCUGUUGCCCAAUCUGCGCCCUCGAGUUCAAAAGCACCUCUGCUCGAGAUACUCAUGUCUCCUCCCAACACAGGGCCAGUUCCAAUAUCGAAUGCGCCGGUUGUCAGGAGCAAUUCAACUCAGGCAACGCCUUGAUGCGCCACAUCGAGCAAGAUGAGUGUCAAGUGAUUUCAAUCCAGGACUUCCAAAUGCAGCGGGCAGAACGCCAGAUCCAAAAACAGGCCUGGGAAACAGACGUCGAGCCCUUCGGCGUCGCCCCAUCAGCACGACACCAUAGGUCCAUCACCAAGACGAAGGCAAUACAGGAUCUUCUCGACGCCGACCCGACCAAUAUACAAGGCCAUUCACAGGCUGACUUGUCACAUGGGCCUGAUUCUGUUACCUCGCAAGCACAGUAUCCGCCGCUGGUGCAGCCUCACGUCAACCCCGCUGCUCAAGCAAAUCGACCACCCAACGUCAACACGAAACCGUCAAGCAACCUCAUUGACCUCAACGGAACCGAAAGAGCCCUGUCAAAUCUGAACAUCAACCAACCGACCUGGGCCUUCGAUCGACCUUCCGCUCAACAACCACCACCACAAUAUGCCAACGACCCUCGGAUCAAGAACUGGGUCACCUCGGUGCGGACCGCCGCGGCGACCCCUCCCGCCGACAACGCCAGCGAAGUCGCUUCCAUGUACGACAAGCCCGCCGUGGCGGUGUCCGACCUUUCGACCAGCGUCCCUCCACCCAGCACGCAGGCCCUCCCCAACACCAAUGCGCCCCGUCAGCACGUCAUCAGAAUGCCCGCCCACACCGUCGUCAGCACGAACGCCCCGCUCGACAUCGAGAAGUAUUGGGACCCGAUCCGCCAGGUCUACGGCUGCCCGACGACCAAAUGCCGGCGCCAGUUCCGCACGGCCGAGCAGUUCCGCACCCAUCUGCUCUCGAGCGCGCACAUCGGCGGCCAAGUCACAUGCCCGUCAUGUCUCAAAAAGUUCGCCACCACGGCCGCGUGGGUCGCGCACACGGAGAGCGCGAGCAAGAAGUGCAAUAUCCGCACGAGUUUCGAUUACAACCAUGUUAUGCGGGAGAUUACGGGUGGAGUGCUCGGCACACGGGGCUUCAAUGAGGACGGGAGUAUCAAGUUUGUGGCGCCCAAGAUCGAUCAGUGGAAUGAGGAUGGGUGGUAA